AUGCAGGCGACUGGGGCAUUUGGCCCUAAACCUUCACCCCUACGCCCUAAACCGUUGUUAUCUGUGGGCUCCCUUUGCAGCUUCUCCGAUGAAGGCGGAGACCGCCUGAACCUUUCAGAGGAACAGAAACACAGGCUCAUCGGCAUCGGCAUGGCAGUGGCAAUGGGGAAGACUGUAGAACCAUCGCAGUCCUCAAGCGAGAUUCUCAAUGAGUCCCAACAAGCGAAGUUGGUCCGUGAAACAGAGACACAGGUUCGACAGAGCCUAUUGCCCAAGCUCACGGGUGUUGGCUGGACUACGAAACACGAGACUGCGCUUAACAUCCUUGAGAAGAUGAGUCAGCAGAUGACAGUCACUUUGAGUGCCGAUUUGCUUGAAGAUUUGCGACACAAGAAAGCAGACUUUGUCUGA